AUGAUCAGCCUGACAAAACUGGCGGUUUUGUUCGCCGUCCAGGUUUGCUUCGUCGCAGUAUACCUCCAACUAAAGAGCCCUACCGCCGUGGACGCGACACGGGAAAUCACCUACAAAGGCACCCGGUCAUCUGAUAUCGAGCAUUUUCAGAAUAUUUUCUAUGCGGAGGCACCAACCGGACACCGACGCUUUGCUUCGCCGAUUCCAACGAGGCCACAAAGGGACUCUGUCAUCGAUGCUACCAAGGCUGGUGCAUGGUGUCCUCAGGGGACUGGUGAUGUACUGCCGUUUACAAGCCGAGUCACCAAUAUUAGCGAGGAUUGUCUGAGUCUGCGUAUUGCGAGGCCAAGGGGAACUAAGAGCGAUGCAAAGCUCCCGGUGAUGGCAUGGCUUCACGGAGGUGGCCAUGUUUUGGGCUCGGCUUCUGAGAUCUUGUACAAGCCAGACGGCUUGGUGAAGCAAUCUGUGGCUGAUGGGCGGCCGAUGAUUUAUGUUGGGAUCAAUUACCGCCUGGGCCUUUUCGGUUUUGCGACUAGUAAAACGUUGAUUGAGAGAAAGGAAACGAAUGUCGGACUGCGUGAUCAACGCGCCGCUCUCGAGUGGAUUCGUGACAAUAUUGGGGCUUUCGGCGGUGACCCUGAAAGAGUUACUGUUGUUGGGCAAAGCGUGGGAGCUGCUGACAUCGGACUGCAACUAAUGGCAUUUGGCGGAGAAAAGAGUGUCCCAUUUCAACAGGCAGUCAUGAUGUCAGGCAGUCCGGGAGUAAACUUCAACAGUCAUCCGGACCUGGUUGCUAAUAACACAGCUGCCAUUGCCCAACAAGUGGGAUGCGUCAGUGAUGGCCAUGGCCAGGAGCUCCAAAUGUUAAAGUGUCUCCGAGACGCUCCUUUCGAAGUGUUAACUAAUCUCUCCGUUGCCGCUGCUCGGACAGCCCGACCAGCAUUUGGAGAAGGCUAUUUCUACCCAACCAUAGAUAACGACUUUAUUCGAGACCGGCCCUCAAGGCUAGCACGCGCCGGCAAAUUUACCAAAGGGAUUCCACUAAUUGCUUCCUGGGUGACGAAUGAUGGCGCUUGGUACGCACCGCCAUCUACUUCGACAGAUGAGGAAGUUCUCGGUACUUUCGGGCUUUGGCUUCACAAUCUGUCGGAGUCUACGAAAGAGAAACUCCUUCAGCUCUAUCCCCUAACAGACUUUGAACACAUGGUAAGACCCGAAUACGACGGUAAAAUCUCCCCGCAAUACUAUCGCGCCGCUCAGAUGAACCGCGACAUCUGGUUCACUUGUCCAGUGCUAGACAUUACCUACCAGUACGUCCAGCAAGGAGGUGUGGACAAAUCACAGGUGCGACUUUACGAGUUUAAUGAAACUAGGUAUACUCCAGCCUUCAGAGCAAUGGGCGUGCCCAUGUGGCGUGUUUCGCAUCUCAGCGAUAUACCAUACCUGUUCAACAACGACAACCUAGGCGGUGGAUGUGAUAAUUCAGAGAGCCAGCUUAGCUUAGGUGGAAAAUUCAGUCAUACGAUUAUCCGGUUCAUCUAUGGGAUUACACUGGAUGGAGAGGACAGUGGUGUUAACUCCUGGCCGCCUGCCUUCUCGAAGAACGCAUCAAAGAGAGCGUCAUCAUCGAAUGAUGGUCCUGAUAAAAUCACACUCCAGGUGUUUGGUGGUCACCAUGGAUCUGUGCCAGUAACUGUGAACAAAAUACCUAGGACAGACCCAAGUACAUUGAGUGAGGCAGAGAAGGCAGUUUCCUGGUCGAAGUUGUUCAGUCGUUGUGAAUUCAUCAAUGGGCAGCAGUUUAGAGAAGAGGCGGGGGUUUAA